AUGCUACAAUCUAUAGUGAGAACUCCUAGAGUUCUUCGUGCUUCAAAUGCAUUAAAACUUUCUGUUCGCUGUGUUAGCACGGACCAGUUCUCUGAUAAUUUGCAGAGGAUGUACUCCCAUUUGAAGGCUGACGAACGAUUGGAAGAUGGAUCUCCAGACUACGUGCGUUUAAUUUUAAGGUCUUCUGUUUAUGAAGUCAUUGAAGAGACCCCCAUUUCACGUGCGGUGUCAUUGUCCUCUAGACUAAACACUAACGUUAAAUUGAAAAGAGAGGAUUUGUUGCCAGUGUUUUCCUUCAAGCUGCGUGGUGCUUAUAACAUGAUUGCCAAGCUAGACGAAACACAGAAGAAUGCUGGUGUUAUUGCGUGCUCUGCUGGUAAUCACGCACAAGGUGUUGCCUUUUCAAGUAAUCAUAUGAACAUUCCAGCUACCAUUGUGAUGCCUGUUUCAACACCAUCAAUCAAAUAUCAAAACGUGUCGAGAUUAGGUGCCCAAGUGGUUCUAUACGGUGACGACUUCGAUGAAGCCAAAUUGGAAUGUGCGAGGUUAGCUGAAGAACGUGGUAUGACAGAUAUUCCACCAUUUGAUCAUCCUUACGUUAUCGCUGGUCAAGGUACUAUUGCCAUGGAGAUUCUAAGACAAGUACAAAAUGGGUCUAACAUCGGAGCAGUGUUCUGUGCCGUAGGUGGUGGUGGUUUGAUUUCAGGUAUUGGUUCAUACUUGAAGAGAAUCGCACCUCAUAUCAAGGUUAUUGGUGUGGAAACUUACGAUGCCGCUACGUUAGAUGUUUCAUUAAAGAACGGUAAACGUACCCCAUUGCCAAGUGUUGGAACGUUCGCUGAUGGUACCUCUGUGAGGUUAAUCGGUGAAGAAACAUUCCGUGUUUGUCAAGACGUAGUCGAUGAAGUUAUCUUGGUGAACACCGAUGAAAUCUGUGCUGCCGUUAAAGAUGUGUUUGAGGACACAAGAUCAAUUGUCGAACCAAGUGGUGCUCUUGCUGUUGCCGGUUUGAAAAAAUAUGUCUCUCAACUACACCCUGAAAUAGACCAUUCUAAGAAGACAUACGUUCCAAUUCUUUCCGGUGCCAACAUGAAUUUCGACCGUUUAAGAUUCGUCUCAGAACGUGCUGUAUUGGGUGAAGGUAAAGAAGUGUUUAUGUUGGUCACCAUUCCAGAUACUCCAGGUUCUUUCAAGAAGCUACAGAAUGUGAUCCAUCCAAGAGCUGUCACUGAAUUCUCAUACCGUUAUAACGAGCAUUGUCACGAAAAUGACUCCGAUGUACCAACCGCUUGUAUCUACACAUCUUUUAACGUCGUUGACCGUGAAAAGGAAAUCAAGCAAGUGGUUCAACAAUUGCAUGCUUUAGGUUUCGAAGCCGUAGAUAUCUCUGACAACGAAAUGGCCAAGUCUCACGGUAGAUAUUUGGUCGGUGGUGCUUCUAAAAUUGAAAAUGAGAAAGUCAUUGCAUUCGAAUUCCCAGAGAGACCAGGUGCACUAACUAAAUUCUUAUCAGGAUUGAACGUUUCCUGGAACUUGACUUUAUUCCAUUACAGAAACCAUGGCGCUGAUAUUGGGAAAAUUUUGGCUGGUAUCAGUGUGCCUCCACAAGACAACGAAAUCUUCCAAAAGUUCUUGGACGAUCUAGGAUAUAAAUAUCAAGAUGAAACUGACAAUAUGGUUUACCAGAAGUUUUUGAAGUACUAG